AGGGCAUGGCUAGUUCUAUGUAAGUUAUGAAUUCUUGCAAGCACGUUUCUUUGUACAGGCAAGAGCUUGCUCUCUUGGCUCUCUUGAAGAAGAACACCAAUCUCGGCAAUGGUUGUAGAGAUCCGGAAUCAUCAAAGUCCCGAGACACGCAGCGCAAUUGACACAGACAGGCUAGCGGCAAUAAUCAAGUCCUGCGGGAACUUGCGAGACUUGGCACAGGGCAAGAGGAUUGCUGCACAGAUUCGCAGCGACGAGACAUUAUGCCGGAACAGAUAUCUCGCCAAUCUCCUCAUCGAGAUGUAUGGAAAGUGUGGCAGCCUGGAAGACGCUCGCCGGGUGUUCGACGCCAUCGAGCGGCCGAAUCGUUUCUCCUGGAGCAUGAUGGUGGCGGCUUAUGCCCAGAAUGGGUAUAUCAAGGAAGCCAAGUCCAUCUCCAAUGCUAUGCCGGAACAGGACGUGGUUUGCUCGACUGCUAUGCUGACUGCAUAUGCCCAGCACGGGCUUGUGGACGAGGCCAGGGCGCUGUUUGAUACUAUGCCGGUUCGCAACGUUGUUUCUUGGACUGCCAUCGUCGCGGCCUAUGCUCAGAACGGGCAUCUUGAGGCAGCGAAGGCUCUCUUCGACAGGAUGCCGGAACGCAACGUUGUUUCGUGGAACACCAUGAUGCAAGCUUACAUCGAGAACGACGAGCUCAAGGAGGCGAGAUCCUUGCUCGGCUGCAUGCCGCAGUGGACUAUCGCGACUUGGAACGCGAUUGUCCAGGGGAUGCCGGAGUAUGACUUGCUCACUUUCACGUCAAUGAUCCACGGCUACUCCGAGAACGGGAACUUGGAGGCCGCGAAAAGCAUCUUUGAUCGAAUGCCGGAGAGGGACGUGGUGUGCUGGAACAAGAUGAUAGCGGUGCAUGCUCAGUGCUGGGAUCUGGAAGGGGCCGAGAGGCUGUUCUUUGCAAUGCCAGAACAGGACGUGAUCUCCUGGACAACCAUGCUCGAGGCCUACGUCCAAAACUUCCAUUACCAGCACGCAGAGGCGAUGUUCUACACGAUCCCGGAGAGAAACAUGGUGUCGUGGAACGUGAUGAUGGCCGCGAGCGCGCAGAACGGGCAGCUUCUUCGGGCCAUGAAAACAUUCGAGACGAUGCCGGCUCGAGACUUGAUAUCGUGGAACACGAUGGUGGCUGCGUUCUCCGGCUGUGGUCACGGCGAGGUGGCGUUUGAGAUCUUCCGGGGGAUGGAGCUGGAUGGGAUCAAGCCAAACUCGAUCUCCUUCUCCUGCGUCUUCAACGCUUGCAGCCAUGUCGGUCUGCUCGACGAAGGCCUCCAGUACUUUCGGCUCAUGGCAAGCGACCACGAGAUCUUUCCAUCGAGGGAGCACUAUUGCUGCUUGAUCGACGCUGCCGGGAGGUCGGGACAGGUGAAAGUGGCGGAAGAUCUACUCGCGAGGAUGCCGUUCAAGCCGGAUGCCAUGGCGAUGGGAGCGGUGCUCGGGGCUUGCAAGACGAACAGGGACAAGGACGCUCGCGACCGAGCGGCCAAGAACUUUUUCACGUCGGAGAUGAGAAACCCGGGCAUUUACGUGCUGCUAGCAAACGCUUACGUACACCAGCAGUGAUGGAGCUAGGAACGAUGACGGACAGAAGA